AGUACGCAGCCGGCGCGCUACGAGCACGCAGCGAUUGUAACGCUCGCUCGCAUCGCUCACCGCUCGACCGCUUGCACGAUCUCGAUCACCCGCUCAAUUCACAAUUGCCCGAUGAAUAUUUAAUCACACCUGUUCCGACCGGGUGAAUGAAUGAGCGAACUCCGUUGCCUCAUCGAUAAUCAUGACAACACAUUUCCAAUAUUUGUAAAAGUUUAUUACGAUGUCAUUGGGUUAAAGUAAUUAUAAAACCAUGAACGGUCGUAGAUUGAUAUCGCGAUCCACGAGGGGACUAUUUGUUUUGUUAUUAUUAAUUGUAAGGCAUGCAGUAACAUCUUCAGAUGAGUCACUGUUCCCGCGGUUUGUGGAACCUGUACCGAACGUGACAGUCACUGUGGGCCGGGACGCUCUACUCGCAUGCGUCGUCGAAGAUUUAAGAGGUUACAAAAUGGCGUGGGUUCGCGUCGACACGCAAACAAUACUCAGCAUCCACCACAACAUCAUAACACAGAAUCCUCGCAUUAGUUUAUCAUAUAACGACCAUAGGUCGUGGUAUCUUCACAUCAAGGAUGUACAAGAGGUCGACAGGGGCUGGUAUAUGUGUCAAGUUAAUACUGAUCCCAUGCGGUCAAGGAAAGGCUAUCUCCAAGUCGUAGUACCUCCGGUGAUCAUCGAUAAUAUGACAUCGACUGAUAUGGUAGUACGGGAAGGUACCAAUGUGACUAUGGUCUGCCGAGCGACCGGCUACCCUGAACCUUAUGUGAUGUGGAGGAGAGAAGACGGCCAGGAGUUUAACUGCAACGGGGAAUCAGUGAACGUAGUGGACGGCGAGAACCUGACAAUAUCGAAGGUAUCACGCCUACAUAUGGGCGCCUACUUGUGUAUUGCAUCUAAUGGAGUACCACCAUCAAUCAGCAAAAGAGUUGUCCUCAUGGUUCAAUUUCCACCGAUGCUGUCGAUCCCAAAUCAGUUGGAAGCAGCAUAUAUAGGGCAAGAUGUAACUCUAGAGUGUCACACUGAAGCAUACCCUUCGUCCAUCAAUUACUGGACUACCGACAGAGGAGACAUGAUAAUAUCAGGAAGUAAAUACGUCACAUCUCUGAGUGAUGACAGCUACAGCAGGAAAAUGAAAUUAACGAUACGGAAAGUGUCGUCCCGGGACUUCUCGUCGUACAGAUGCGUUGCGAAGAAUUCCCUCGGAGAGACCGAUGGGCUCAUUCGUCUCGAUGAAAUACCCGCACCAUCAACAAUGAGCACCACAGUUAACUACGUCCCCACACAUCCACAAAAGAAGAAAGGGAAGCACAAAAGCCGUUUCCGUGAUAGUUCUGCCGAAAAUAGAGUCAUAGGAGACUACGAGUUCGAAGAAUUAAAAGACUCUGAUUACGAAUCGACACAAUCUUCCGGUUGUGCUACCACUACUAGCGCCUUCUUUGUCACCAUCGCAUCUUUUAUUAUCAGCUGACACAAAUCAUGUCAAAACUUUUGUAUUAUAUCUAUCAUAGUGCCAAUGUAGUUAAGUAAUUUGUUAAACUUUAGUACAACUAGAAGUAUCUAUACUUUGUAAAUUUCAGCUAAGAGCUGUUCAAUAUGUAUUGUACAGUCAUACAAUUAAGUUAAUGAAUAAAUAUAUCAAAUAAUAAUAAGUAUUAGUGAAAUUAACGCCGUUAUAAACACAUCGAAGAUAUCAUUCGUUAAUUUGUAAUCUUAUUUAUUUUUAUGAAAGAUAUUGUAAAUAUAUUUAGAUCUAUUUCUCAAUUUGAAAGACUGAUAGUUUUGUAUGUUUAAAUGUGCCAUAUCCGCAGUCAUUUUAAUGAAUAUCUGUAGUUUUCGCUGUUUAAUUUUAAAAAAAUCGCCUUAGAGCAGUAUAUACGAAAGUUUUGUAAAUAACUACAUGUAUCCAUAAUAAAGACAAUAUGGCGUGCUUUGUAAUAUAUAAAAAUAGCUUUACGUAACUCAUGUUGCCGAUAUUAACGAGCUUUCCAACAUUGUAUUGUAAUGGUUUAUGGCAGUGUUGCUUGAAAAAUGGCUAUGAUAGACGAACUCAAUGUGAAGUAACAGAUGGUUCAUAUUUAAGUUUUUGAUAACAUCACAAUUCUUAAAUAAAUAAAGAUCUAAAAAUAAUUAUAGCUUUAGAAAAUAAAGUGGUUAGUAAGAGAAAAGCAAUUGACUACAUAUCUAUUAGAAGUUACUAACACUAACUUUUGUGAAAAAAUCACUUUCACUUUCCUUUUUAAGCAAUCAACCUACCAACCUUUAAUAAAUAAACUGGUUCAUAAAAAUAAAACAACUGUGCUGAAGAGUGUAUAAUUACCCUUAUAUAAAAAAUCUGAAUACUUAUUUCGAAGCAUUUGAAAGAUCCACGAUCAUAGAGUGAGACUGCAUUAUUUAUUGAGUUAAUAUUAGAAAGAUGGGAGUAGUUGUUAAAUAAAUAACAAUAUACCAUGCAUUUAUUAAACAAGGUAAUAUGUUCAUAUUGAAAGUUCUCUAAAAAUAUCAGUACAAUACAGUAUCAGUUUAUAAACAGAAACAUACCUGUUUGCUGCUAACUGUAAUUUUUAAUUUAUAAAAAUCAAAUGUCGUUUUUAAGUUUUGGACUUUAUUUGGUUUUGAAUUUUACUUAUUAUUUUCAAUCUGUUAUACGAAAUCUUAUAAAAAAUAUAAACAUGCAUUAAUUAUCUUAAAUUACAAACAGUUUUCACUAUACGCAGUAAAACAUCUAUUUCUUUAUUAUGCCUUCAAUGAAUAUAUUUUUCAAGCAACGCUACAAUUAAAUUCGAAACAGUAAAAUUCACAAUGCUAAAUUUAAUUGUUGGAAUUGGAUAAUUUGGACAUCACAAAAGUUUAUGGAACAUACAAUGAUAAUUAACAGAAGUCUACAAUUAAGGGUGACAUACGUUGAAGUGGAUAGGAGUGAAUGUAUUAGUCAACAGUCACAAACAGCGCGCUUGGAGCUAGACAGAAUGUUAUUCUUAAAUGAAACAACUUUUAAACGGUUUUAUUGGCGACUCGGACCCUUUACAGGUUCCGUGUUCUGGAAUUCCAUUUUGUUCAUCCCUGGCAGCACCACACACAGAGCAGCCCUACAGUGCUAUUAUUAAAAAAAAACACAAAGCAUAGAGGUUAAAUCACAUAGACCCGUCUUCAAAGGGUUUUAUUUAAUAAAACCUAUAAACUGUGACAGCAACGAAUUCUAGGCUACUGGUAUUACAGAAUAACAGCUGCUCUGAUUUGCCAAGCUCCACUGUGCCAUGAUAUUGCCGGUUUUCCUACAAAAAAAACCGCACCGAAUAUGUUAUUUAUUGUAACAGACUAAAAAAUAAACAUAAAAUAACUCAAUUAUCACACCUCUUCGCUUCAAUGUUAACAAAAUCAAAUGACAUCUCGUGAACUCAUAAAAAAUACGGAUGUCAUAAAAAAUUAUGGAAGCGUAGAAAAAAUUAAGUGGAAAAUCUGAUACUUAGCAGUGUAAAGCAGUGUAAAGCAGUUUAGAGUCUCCACAUUGUAAAUUUUCUAAGGAUAAUUAAAACUUAGUAACUAAAAGUCCAUUUUGCCAAUCUUAUGGCAAAAAAAUUGGACUCGGUAAAUAAAUAAAAAAUAUAUCCAUAUCACUUAGAAAUGUUAGUAAAUGGUACUGUCCUAGUUUCCAGGAGAAUUUUCUCGAUUGCUAUAACAAAUGAAUAUUCCGAAUAUAAUAAUUAAAUCCGAGAAUCAGUUUCUUGCUUUUGAAGACAGACUUACAUAUACGAUUGGCUUAUAAUCGAUUAACUAUUCAAGCACUUGAUUCUACAUCCUAAAUUGAUUUAGGAAACUGAUUCUACACAUUUACAACGCAAUUCGAAAUCUUAUUUAAAAUCUCGAUUAUAAAAUGGUCUGUUUUCUUGAUGAAAUGUAUAGUGCUCGUUGCAGUUAGUUGUUUAUGUAAAGUUACAAUAAAUGAUUUUUAUAAAAAUCUGUAUUUGAUUUACUAUCGUAUUUUUUUUCUGUUUUUGGAAAUACUACAUACUACUACUACAUCUGCCACAUCUUAGAAUUACAUCUGCCAAACUGCAUAGUAGUUUGUCGUAGUAGUUCUUUACUUACUCUGCAAAUAAAUAUAAUUGGAGUGGCUGUAUGUAAUAUUAAAAUAACCGACUUUUACUAAAUUCAUAUGUAUGUAUACACGGUACAUAUAUCAACAUUUUUUUUUUCAUUUUUUGUUGUCUGUUUGUUCCGGCUAAUCUCUGAAAUGGCUGGACUGAUUUUGACAAGACUUUCACGUGUAGAUAACCUAUGUAAUAAGGAGUAACUUGGGCUAAUUUCCACGCUGACGAAAUCGCAGGUACAGCAGUCUUAAGGAUUGCAUUUUAUUAGCAGCUAAAUUUGUAGUCUAUGUCAAAUUUGACAGUAACUGUCACACUAACUUUAACAUUGACUCCUAAUCUUUCUCGGCAUAGUAAAACAAUAACUUUAACGUGGUUAUUGUUACCAGUUAAAGUAAUGACGUCAUAUAACCAAAAUCCAAAUGGUGCAACUGAUUAUUUGCUUAACGGUACUUCAGCAUCUUUGUUAUUGUUAAAGUAAUUUGCAACUGAGACUAAGAAUAUAUGACAAUGUAUAUGUACUACGUAGAGUACCUAAUUUGACCUGGACUCUAUGCCUUAAUUAGAAUUUAAGUGCUACAGAGAAGUCUUAAUUGCUAUAUUUUAUAAAUACGAGCGCAACGUUAGACAAUUCAACGUGUGAAUGGCUGUAGCUGUAUAAUAACAAGAUGAGUUCCGUGGCUACACCGGUUUUAAGGUAUAUCUGAGGUCCUGGGUACGAUUCUUGGUCAGGUUAAUGUAAUAAUGGACUUUACUAUAUCGUCUCGGGUCUGGAUGUUGUGGUACGUAUGUUGUUUUAGAUUUCCAUAAUACGAGUGCUUUACCACCAAAUACCUAAGUACAUUUAGGUGAAGUUAUUUAUAUUUUGAUAUUAUUAAUUUUUUCUUAGAGUUAAUAACUGCCACAUAUUACAGUUCGUUUAGAAAUAGUCUACCCUCAUUUUGUACUCAAUUAAUAUCAUAAGAAGUUUAUUUAAAUUCCAGAAACACGUGUAUUUAUAAUUCACACGUUCGAUGGCACAGGAGAAUACAGUAGUUAGUAGUAACAUUAUGCGGUGGUUUGUUUUCUUUUAAAGUUUUAAUAAAAAGAAAACCUAAAUGAUUUAACAGUAGCGAGUACAAGUAAUAGGGCUAUUACUUAAAAAUUGAUAUAAAAGGACCCAAAAUUGCAUCUAAAUUAAACAUGAUAUUCAGCACGCUCAACUUCAUACCCGUCCUGUCGACUAUCAUACAUAUGAAUUUAACACAACAAAAUUGCUCAUACUAGUAAUAAUAACAAUUAUCUAUUUCUAUCUUAUAGGGUAGCGAAGAGAACCACAAGAACCUCUUUAUAUCUUUCAUUUUCUCGAUGUUCUCUUUUCAUACAUGCUUACGAUAUUUUUGGUUUGGACAUCGACCUUUUUUGUUUUCGCAGGUGAAAUGCAACUUGUGUAUGGAUUCGGGAUUCUGGGAUCGCUAGGACCAGCCAGAAGGGUGGGAUCAACUUACCCGUUAAAGCCCUUAAGACCCUUACUCCAAGAACUAAUGUCGGGUCUCGGUGAACCCAUUCUCAUCCGCCUGAGACUCACUCAUUUCGUUGCACAACGUUCAUUUAAAUGGUCAUCAGUUUAAAGUAACGUUACCAAUACAAAUUUGAUAUUAUUUAGAACUGAAAGGCCAAUUAAACCUUAAUGAACGUUUGUGCAACUUACCAUAUGUCUCUCGGAGAAUAUCUAUUCCAUUAGCCACCUAUAACCUAUAUAAGGUGGAACCGUGCAAAGCGGCGUCAUUGUUAAUGUAUGUGUAUCCCCAUUCCUUCAAUACGAAAACUGCCGACCGAUAAAAAUAAAUGAAUCGUUUCUAAUGCAAAUUAAAUAAUUGUUGGCUUAGUUUUCUAUUCUUCUAAAUAAAACCUAAACACAUUACGAAGAAAAUAAUAAACACAUUGUUUGCAAACUAGUAAUGAAACAGUAGAUAUAGUUAGAACACAGAAUACAGGAUAAAAAUGGUAUACAUACAGGGAUUUCCGCAAUCAAUUAUAAGGAAAUCAUAACACAACAUCUUAUAACGCUUACCUUCAGAUCGGAUAAUAGUUUCUUUUCAAACUAACAAAAACUUUCACUAUCUCGGUUGUUAGUCCUAUAUGUGCUUUCAUGGACUCUCUCUUCGUUAUAGUUAUAUCUUAUCGGUUACUAUGGUAGUUAUGCCAGCAGCGGGUCCAUAGAUGCCAAAUGAGAUUAGUAUGAAGAUUAGAACCAUAGCUGUCGAUUGCAGUGAUGGAUAAAUGCAUCUCAGCAGUCUUAGUCAACUAAGGUAGUAUUAUUAACGAUACCUAUCUUUAACGAAAUAUCCAUUUAAUAGGUAAUAUAAUAUUUUGAGAAAAAAUACCAGAACUUUAAUUUUCACACCUUAAGGGUUAGUUGCACCAUCUUACUUUAAAAAUAGCAAACAUGUUAGAUAAGAUAAGAUAGAUAAGAUAAGAUCUUUAUUUGCCAAAAUACAAGUCAUACACAAAUAAUCAGACAAGUACAGUAUUCUGCCUGCCGAUAGGCGUGCAAAUAUUGUUUUUAUAUUAUUCAACUUAUUACAUUUCUUAUUAUAUAUUAUACGACUCAUUACAUAACAAAUUAUUAUCAUAUAUUAUCAUUAUGUCAUGUUUUUUUUUUUAAAGUUAAAGUACUACUGGCUAAGCAAAUAAUAAAGAGUUAUCAUUUGACAAUGGUUGGAUAACAUCAUACAUAACUUUAACUAUAAACUAAAACCGCCUAAGUUUUGCUGGUUAGAGGUAUUGUUAUAUAAUGCCAAGAAAGAGGAUGGUGCAACGCAUUCCACAGUCAAUGUUUAAGUCAGCGUUACAGAUAUAUUCAAAUUCGACAUAAACCUUAACUCAAACUGCAAUUAUUACACCCGAAAAGAAUGGAUUAAUAAAUGGAUAUUCAGGUAAGGAAAUAUGGACUAUGUUUACUAUUUCAAAAGAGUUGUAUUAAUGCUUGAAUUGUUUGAAUACAAUUUUCAAUUAGGAAGAUUACGAAUCAUUCUUCCUCACUUUCUCUUCUCACAUCGAAAUAGUUAUCAUUGAAGUUAAGUUUUUUAUAACUUUGUUAUAAACAAAGACUAGUCUGUUUGUUCACGAACGAAAUUUUGGAAAGCAUUGUGAUAUUUUUUAUUAAUUAUAUUGUAAAAAUUAUCUGUGCAUCAGAGGCGAUGUCCUACCUCCAAUACGUAAUAAAUUAUCGGAAAACACGUUUCUUUGGAGUCGUAUUAGCGUUACGAAAAUAGAAGAAAUUUUAUUUUUGGAGAAACAGCUUCUGGUCGCUCUAACCCCAAACAAGGUUAAUAUUCAAAUUCUUAACAUUUUCGUUAUAAUCAAUAAAUGCAUUAUUGUAAUUUAAUUUUUAAAACUAUUUAACUGUGGACACAGGCUUUUUCAGUAACAAGAGCUUUACCUUAUGUCAUUGCAAAAAUAGAAAAACUAGUAUUGCAAGACCACAACAAAAUAAGCCUCAUGAAUAAACUUAAAACAUUAAUGAAAUAUUUUAUGUACAGAUAUUGUAAAAAGUAAAAUGAAAGGAUAUAUGAAAAUACAAGUCUACAAAAUCUAGGAGAUCUGCUAGAUAAGUAUACGUUUAAACAUCAAAAAAUCCAUUUGGUCCCUGGCACCCUGAAAUUGGAUUUUUUAAGCAUGUUUCAUUAAGAAUGUUUCUCAGUAUAGCAUUUUGAAUGCUAAAUUGAUCAGAUAUAAUGAUCUACUAUAAUGUCAAACUAAAUAAUAUUAUGUCUAAAUAUUUACGUAUACUAUCUCCCUUGUAAUCUAUUCUAUAAUCACUUUUAUAAAUAUUUUACAAUUGCUGGAACAGGACAAAAAAUAUCUGUACAAACUUUUUAUAAGAAGUCCCUAUAUAAAUAGCAUUUUUUUUUCCAGGUUUAAAAUUCGUAUAAGCUAGGGCUCAUGCAAAAAUGUACGAGUAAAUUUUAGUGAGAGACAACGGCUGCAUGCAUUAGUCCGAAGCUCGAAUGUUCUAAAUUUGAAAAUUUCUAGCCAAUAUCCAGUUGGACAUGUCCAUUAUUAUUGUCUGACGCAAAUUAUAAAAUUUAGAACAUUAUUAUUAAAACUUAAACUUUAAUCAAACUUUAAUGUACGUUUGUGCAACUGGAUGUAACAAUUUUUUUCAUGUAUAUGAACAUGCAUUAUGUGGCUUGUUUAAAUGCUGUUAGAGCAUCUUGUUAAAACACCCACUUCACAUACCUAGAACGUGUUAUUGCCGCAUGCCUCUUCGCAAACGCCACUCAUGUCGUUAACAUUACAUAUGAGCACAGCACUCCGCUUCCCAUGUGACACGUUAUGGCUUAAGUUCUGAAUUUCAUACUUCAACAAAUGACUACUAAUAGCAUGAUAGACUUCAACAAAUUAUUUAGUAACUCUACAGGAGUACAAAGAAGGCUUAUUACAAUGUGAUAUUAAUAAACUGUACUAUAACAGUAAAUACGAUACCUGCCUACCUCACGAGGGAUAUGGCUUGACGAUAUAAAUUUAUUAAUAAAGUGAAUAAGUUUCUUCUGAGCAAGCUUGUCCCAUC